CAAAUAUAAAAGGGUUUGGGGGUCCCUCUUCUUGGUAGGGCUAUCGAACUGGAUAAGUGGGGCUGCUUCUGCUAUUUCUCUUAGGUUUUUUGUUCCUCUCUCGUCAUUUUCUCCUUAAUUUUAUAUUAUUAUUAACACGAAGAGAAAAGGAUCUCUCUUUCUAAAUUUUAUCUUCAGUGCAGCAGAGAAAGAUUCAAAACCCAAGAGUGAACUUCUGUUUCCCGUCACUUCUGCUUAAACAAUUUUGGCUUGUUUGAAAGAAUAAAAAAAAUGGACGAUAGUCAAGAAACCAAUGAAAUAAUCGACGUAAACGACGAAGAACAAAAUAAUAACACCACCAACGAUAUCUCAGCUUCUGAGACCUCAAUUUUAGAACAUCUGCCGUCACAGACCCCGGCGGCGUCAAAUUUCCUGGAUGUUGAAACGGUGCAGUCCUCUUCAAUGGUUCCAAUGAAAGAAGAGCUUACAGAGACAGAACAAGAUUUGGACGACAGCUCUGCCUCCACAAAUCUUAUCAAGGUACCAAUCUCAACGACCUCAUCUGGGGCUGCGGUGGCGAGGAGAAUGUCAAAGGACCGCCACACCAAGGUGGAGGGCCGUGGUCGAAGGAUUCGAAUGCCGCCGGCAUGUGCCGCCCGAAUAUUCCAGCUGACCCGAGAAUUAGGCCUCAAGUCUGACGGCGAGACCAUCCAGUGGCUAUUAGAGCACGCGGAGCCGGCCAUAAUCGAAGCCACGGGAACUGGUACCAUCCCUGCUAUUGCGGUCUCGGUGGGUGGGACCCUUAAGAUUCCAACGACAUCGUCUGCAAGACCAAACGGCGAAAUCACUGAAAUAGCCCCCAGAAAACGACGUCGUAAGGAGUCCAAUAGUGAAUUCAUUGAUGCGAGCCACCAGGUUUCGGUGUCGUCUGGGCUAGCUCCUAUAGCACCAAUGGCGUACGGGGCUGGUAAUGGAGCCCAAGGACUAGUGCCUAUGUGGCAAGUCGGGGCAAAUAAUGCUGCUGCUGGGCACUUUAUAAUGUUCCCAAAUUCUGGGGCUGUUCCUGGUAUGCCUAAUCAGGCCCAACUGUGGGCGUUUCCGGCUGCGGGUGGCGCAACGACGUCGUUCUUUGGUGUCCAAACGAGACCCAUUUCGAAUUUUGUCUCGGCCUUGCAGCCGGUUCAGCUCCGGGACCCACAAGUGUCGUCCGGGUCAGUUUCAAGCAAGGCUACAACUGGGGCCGGUGCGAGUGGUUCGUCUACUAUGGGGCCUACUCUAAGCUCAAGUAAUACCUUAGCUACUAGUAGUAGUGGUGGUGUUGGUAAUGGUGACAAUGGUACCGAUUCUACGACAACAACUCAGAUGCUGAGGGACUUCUCUUUGGAGAUAUUCGACAAGAAGGAACUUCCGCUCAUGGGUCGGUCACAAUAAACUCAAUGCUCAAAGCCUUGACUUGACACUUUUUUUUUUUUUUUACAUAUUUUCUCUUUCUCCCAACCCAACUACCCCAUUAUGCUUAGCUAGUUGCAAAGUUAUUGACUCGUUUUGUAUUUUAGAGUAACUAAGAGUUCUAGGUUUUUGGUUAAUGCACAAUGAACAAGAACAACUUUUGUAUUACUUUUCUCCUGUUUCUAAUCUUAGAUUGAAGGUCUUUUA